CUAAACGAAAACUCAAUGACGACGAUCGACAGCGGCGUCUUUAGCAACCUCAACAGGCUUCGGUGGCUCGACUUGGGGAUGAACUCUAUCUCUUCUCUCAGCGUGGGUUCGUUCGACGGACUCGAAAGCCUGGCUGUCCUCUUUCUGUAUGGAAACUAUUUAACGAGACUCGAGGCGGACACCUUCGAGAACCUCACGAGUCUCGCGGUUCUGGAUCUGUGGCGGAAUGACGUUCGAUCCAUCGACGAGGGUACCUUCGACGGCCUCGACCUCACGGAGCUAAACCUGGAAAGAAAC